AUGGCCACAAACCGACCUAGUACGCGACGACGAAGCGCAAAGCAGGCGUUCGACGACGACGAUGCGCCCGCGCCCAAGAGAGUGAAGGCCGAUCUGAACGGCAACAGCAAGAAGGCCGCCACAACCACAACCACGAAGAAGACCACCAAGGUCGCGUACGAUGAGAAUGACGACGGCUUCCAGUUCUCGCGGCGCACCUCGCGCAGGACUACCAAAGCACAAGUAGCCCCGCUACAGGAAAGCAUACCCGAGGAAAAGGUAGCCAAACCGACGCGACGGAGAGAGAUUCUGCGCUCGUCUCCGGAUCCACCACCUGCAAAAGCACCGGCACGGCGCAAGAAAUCGAUCGCGACCAUAGACCCGGAGUCCUCAGACGCGCAGAACCGACGGCGCUCUGCGCGCAUAUCUGGCGACAGGAAUAAUCUGGAAAUUCGAUCUAAAUCCACAGAGCCCUUACCACCGAAACGCACAGGCAGAAAAGCACCCGCAGAGCCGCAGAAGAAGAAGCAAAAGCAGGUCACUCCAGCCCCCGAAGCGCAACCAAAGGCAAGCGCUUUUGCAGGCGCCCAAACACCAACUCAGCAAGAGGGCGACGCUGCAAAGGAGCGCGAUCCUAAUGCGAGGCGAAUCAUGCUUCCCUUUGCGGAUACACCGGUCAUUACACGGAACAAGGAGAUGCGCAAAGGAAACAAGGAUGGGCAUAGGCGGAGCAGCACAGGUUUACGCGGCAGACGGGCGAGCUCGCUGAUUGACAGCGGAAUGUCAAAUGCUCUGCCGCAUUCCGCGAUUGAGGUCGCAGACUACUACAAGUACAUUGAGCAAAGUCUUCCCGAACCACGACGAAUGAAGCAGCUACUCACAUGGUGUGGAUCACAAGCACUACCGAAGAAGCCAUCGGGCGACGUUAAGAACGCCAAUGCGAUCAUGGCUGCACGCGCAAUACAGCAAGAGCUCAUUGACGACUUCGCAAAUCGACCAGAGCUUUCAGAUUGGUUCAGCAGAGAAGAGACUGUAGCGCCGCCAGCUGUAAAGAAGCCAAACCCAACGAAUGAGAAGAACAAAAUUACGUUACAAGAGCUUGAGGAGGAAGUCAAACGCCUGGAAGAAGAGAAGGCUGCCUGGGAAAGUCUCGAGAAAUCAGCGCCUUCUGUGGCUUCAGUGCCACCUCCACCCUCAAGCGAUGAGUCUGCCGCCGCAUUAGGCGACAUCGACACAUCAGUUCUCGACCCAGCGCAAGUCGCAAUACUCUCCAAACUGCAACUACCAUCAACACAGACCGAGGAGCAGCCAACCUCCACAGCCUUCACGUUCACGUUCACAACACCCUCUGCACUGCAAUCGCACCUUUCGAAGCUCAGCCAAUCUCUCGAACCCAACAUUGAUAUUUUUGCAGACGGCGUGCACAAGAUAGAACAGUAUCGCAACGCAGCCGAGCGCGUUGCGGAUCGCGUCCUUGGCACAGCAGCGAAGAGGCUGGAAGACCGCGACCGAGAAGUUAAAGAAAGAGCUGGCGCAGACGGCAUUGGCGUUGGUGAUGUACUGAGGGGGUUAGCUGGUGUUCUGGGAGAGUCGUGA